CUUCUCACUUGUUAUCUCUCUCCUCCAUCGUCAUCUUCUUCUUCUUCUUCAAUUCCUCUCCUCCUUCUUCUCACUGUUUGUGUAAAGAUGAAUUCUCAUUCAUACAUGUUUUUUCUCUUAAUCUCUUUGAUCAUAUCAGAUAAUAUCAUUUUGAUCUCUUCUUCUGCUUCUUCUUGUUCAGAAACUGAAUUCUCUUCUUUCUUCAAUACUAUAACUUCCUUGAAUUCCAAAUCUCUAAAUUCACAAAAGAAUCAAUCAGCAUCGAGGCCACGAAAGUCUUCUAAUGCAUGCAAGAUUUGGACCAAGGCCUGCUCUCAGGUAGUUCUGGACCUAGCUCGGAGGCCGGAGACUGUGAGUUGGUUGAAGAGCGUGAGGAGGAAGAUUCACGAGAAUCCUGAGCUCGCUUUCGAGGAAGUUAAGACGAGCGAGUUAGUUAGAAAUGAGUUGGAUAAGAUGGAGAUUGAAUACAAGUAUCCGUUAGCUAAAACGGGUAUUCGGGCUUGGAUCGGUACCGGUGGGCCUCCUUUUGUUGCCCUCAGAGCUGACAUGGAUGCUCUCCCCAUUCAGGAAGCCGUAGAAUGGGAGCAUAAAAGUAAAGUUGCAGGCAAAAUGCAUGCUUGCGGCCAUGAUGCCCAUGUGGCGAUGCUGCUUGGAGCUGCCAAGAUUUUGAAGACUCGGGAACAUCGUUUGAAGGGAACCGUAAUACUACUCAUUCAGCCAGCAGAGGAAGCUGGAAAUGGAGCAAAACGGAUGCUAGGAGAUGGAGCCCUACAGGAUGUGGAAGCUAUAUUUGCUGUUCAUGUCUCCCACGAACUUCCUACUGCCAUCAUUGGCUCAAGGCCUGGUCCUUUAUUAGCAGGUUGCGGCUUCUUCAGAGCAGAAAUUAGUGGCAAAAAAGGCGGUGCUGGUAACCCACACCAUUCUGUUGACCCAAUUUUGGCCGCCUCAGGAGCGAUAAUAAGCUUACAGAGCAUUGUAUCUCGUGAAGCAAAUCCGCUGGAUUCCCAGGUGGUGUCAGUUACCAGUAUGGAUGGAGGCAGCAAUUUUGACAUGAUUCCAGACACUGUUGUACUUGGUGGUACCUUCAGGGCUUUCUCCAACACGAGCUUCUAUCAACUUCUCCGAAGGAUAAAAGAGGUGAUUGUAGAACAGGCAAGUGUUUUCAGAUGCUCAGCAACAGUAGAUUUCUUUGAGCAGGAUUACACAAUCUAUCCCCCAACAGUGAAUAACGAUCGCAUGUAUGAACAUGUGAGAACAGUGGCCAUUGAUUUGUUAGGUCCAACGAAUUUCAGAGUGGUACCACCAACGAUGGGUGCUGAGGACUUCGCAUUUUACUCACAAAUUGUUCCUGCAGCCUUCUAUUAUAUAGGCAUAAGGAACGAAACCUUGGGGUCGACACACACAGGCCACUCACCUUAUUUUAUGAUAGAUGAGGAUGUUCUCCCCAUUGGAGCUGCAACUCAUGCAGCCGUUGCAGAAAGAUACCUCAUUGAACACUGCUAUGAUGGAGAUAGUAGAAAGUAGCUGCUGGAGAUUCAGUAGACUGUCAGAGAGCAAGAGAAUUUGCAAUGUAAUUUCAUUCUCCUGCUCUCUUCUUUUUCUUUUUUCUUCUUUUCAAAUUAUAUGGUAAUUGGGGGAGGUGGGGAUCCACUAAAGAGGGAAGGGUUUCCACUUGCCAGUGUAAAGGAUGGGGGGAGAGAUGUGCAUCUAUUACUGGUAGCUGUAGUUUCAAUGUCCAAUUUCGUGUUCUUCAAGACAAUACUAACUAGCUUUUAUUUAA